AUGGCUAACCAGCUUAUGCGGCAGCAGGCCUCCAGCCUGACUGCCUCCAGCAGGAAUCCGUCGAUCAGCACUAGAUCGCUGCUGAGCAGGCCCGCUCUGCGCGCAGCGCCCGUGGCUCUCAAGGGCGCCGGUCGCGCACCGCGGGUGGUGUGUUCUGCACAGGAGACCGAGGAGAAGGCGGCGAGCGGCGAUGCGGGCGUGCGGCAGAUGCUGGGCAUGAAGGGCGCUUCAGAGGAGACUGACCUGUUCAAGAUUAGGGUGCAGCUUACUAAGCCCGUCACAUGGGUGCCCCUCAUCUGGGGCGUGGUGUGCGGCGCGGCGGCGAGCGGCAACUACGUCUGGAACGACCCCACAGACGUCGCGAAGCUGCUCACGUGCUGCAUGAUGAGCGGCCCGUUCCUGACCGGCUACACGCAGACCAUCAACGAUUACUACGACCGGGAGAUCGACGCCAUCAACGAGCCCUACAGGCCCAUCCCCUCAGGCAAGAUUACUGAGGAGCAGGUGGUGACUCAGUUCCUGGCGCUGCUGGCCGGCGGCCUGGGCACCGCCGCGCUGCUGGACGUGUGGGCCGGCCACGAGACGCCCAUCCUGUUUGGCCUGGCUGUGUUUGGCUCGUUCAUCUCUUACAUCUACAGCGCGCCGCCGCUGAAGCUGAAGCAGAGCGGCUGGGCAGGCAACUACGCCCUCGGCAGCAGCUACAUUGCCCUGCCCUGGUGGGCUGGUCAGGCGCUGUUCGGCACCCUGUCUGCUGACGUCAUGGUGCUGACCGUGCUCUACUCCCUGGCCGGCCUGGGCAUCGCCAUCGUCAACGACUUCAAGUCCAUCGAGGGCGACCGCGCGAUGGGCCUGCAGUCGCUGCCCGUGGCGUUUGGCGUGGACACCGCCAAGUGGAUCUGCGUGUCCACCAUCGACGUGACGCAGCUGGGGGUGGCGGCCUACCUGGCCUUUGGGCUGCACGAGACCACCUACGCCGCAGUGCUGCUCGGACUCAUCCUGCCGCAGGCUGUGCGCUGA